AACGAGCUUCACUAAGAUCUCCGACAAGUCCAGGAAGCAGUAGUGGAGUUUCGCGCUCUGUGUUGUCGCCUCUGGACCUUACUACUAUCACCUAAAUUGUAAAAAUUAUCUAGUACAUAAUGAGGAGAACCAGAGGUUCCAGAAAUAAAAGCAAGACUACCGAAGAAAACGAGGAAGUCCCGACAAAGACAGUGUGGCAGUGGAAAGGAGAUGAUGGGCAGUGGGAACCGUACCCAGAUGAAGCGGGCUCCAUGCUGGAUUCAGCUUCCUCAUCAGGAAAGACGUCGGUCACUCUGACUCUUGGCGCAGGGAAGAAAUAUGAAGUUGAUCUGAAGAAAAUGGUCCAGAUUAAUCCUACGACAAAAUACAAGAGAAAGAUUCGCUCUCAGAUUGUAAAAACAGAGAGUUUAAAUGAAGCCGGUGACGUGGCGGCUGAAAAUGGAGAUUCGGUUCAAGUCAAAGAGGAAGAGGAGGAGACGGCGGCGCAGCCGGCAGCUAAGAGGAGAAGAGGACAGAGCAAGAGUGCAGCAAAAACCAAAGACAUGCCUAAAGAGGAAACAAAAACUGAAGAGGUGGUGAAGACGGUGGUGAUGAAGGGCAAAGCUCCAGUGGACUCCGAAUGCAAAGCUAAACUGGGAAAGGCUCAUGUUUACAGUGAAGGAAAUGAUGUUUACGAUGUGAUGCUGAACCAGACCAACCUGCAGUUCAACAACAAUAAAUAUUACCUGAUCCAGCUGCUGGAGGACGACGGCGCCAAGGCUUACAGCGUCUGGAUGAGAUGGGGCCGAGUGGGUAAAGUGGGUCAGAACAGCCUCACACCCUGCGGGGCGGAUCUGCUGAAAGCCAAAGACAUCUUCAAGAAAAAGUUCUUGGAUAAGACGAAGAACGAGUGGGAUCACCGGGAAAGUUUUGAGAAAGUAGCCGGAAAAUAUGACCUGGUGUUCAUGGACUACGCCGCUAACGAGAAGGAGGAGAACAUCACCACAGUCGACGUCGCCCCCAGAAAGCAGCCCUCCAAGCUGGAUCCGAAGCUCCAGUCGCUCCUCGAACUCAUCUGUGACCUCAGAGCCAUGGAGGAGUGUGUGCUGGAGAUGAAGUUCGACACCAGAAAAGCUCCUCUUGGAAAGUUGACCUCGGAGCAGAUCCGUGCAGGAUACGAAGCCCUGAAGAGAAUCGAGUCAUGCUUGAAGAAAAAGGGGAGCAAUAAGGAGCUGCUGGAAGCCUGCAACCAGUUUUACACCCGUAUCCCGCACGACUUUGGGUUAAAAACGCCUCCAAUGAUUCGCUCAGAAGAAGAUCUGAAAGAAAAAAUUGCUCUGUUGGAGGCACUGAGUGACAUCCAGAUAGCAGUGAAAAUGGCUGAGUCCAAUGCAGACAGUGACGAGCAUCCUUUGGACAGACAGUAUCACGCCCUGCAGUGCCAACUGGAGCCUUUGGACCAGAGCAGCCAUGAGUUCAAGGUGAUAGAACGGUACCUGCAGUCCACUCACGCUCCCACUCACUCCGACUACACCAUGAAGGUCCUGGACGUCUUCUCAGUGGACCGCGGUUGCGAGAGCGACAACUUCCUGUCUCAUUUACACAACAGGACUCUGCUGUGGCACGGCUCCCGUCUGUCCAACUGGGUCGGGAUCCUCAGUAAGGGGCUCCGAGUGGCGCCGCCUGAGGCCCCCGUCACUGGCUACAUGUUUGGUAAAGGGAUUUACUUCGCAGACAUGUCGUCAAAAAGUGCCAACUACUGUUUCGCCAACCAGAGCCACCAUGUUGGAUUGCUGCUGCUGAGUGAGGUGGCUUUAGGGGACAGUAACGAGCUGCUGGAUGCCGACUAUGAGGCCCAUAAGCUGCCUGCAGGAAAACACAGCACCAAGGGCCUGGGUGUGACCGGACCCGACCCAAAAAACGCCGUCACCCUGAACGGAGCGACGGUUCCGAUGGGUCCCGGCGUUAAAACUGGGGUUUCUAACCCCAACGGCUACUCUCUGCUCUACAACGAGUUCAUCGUUUACAACCCGGCUCAGACCCGGAUGAGGUACCUGCUGCGGAUCCAGUUUAACUACCCCUCUCUCUGGUGAAAACCAGUCCGACCCGGGCCAGUCUGGAUCACUGCCCUGUUGGGGAAAUCUUACUGUUUUACUGUGGGUUUGGUGACUUGAAGACACUCCUGUUGCUGGGCAGAUUUCAGAAGUUUUUAUGUCAACUCAUAAAAAUUUACUUGGUCAACCGUAUGGAGAAUAAUGUGGCAGCAUUUUUAAAAACUGUUUCAGAAUAUUUGAAUUAAAUUAUAUUUCAACCAACCGUACAUUUAUAUAAGAAAAUGUGUAGUGACAUUAUUUCCUGAUCAAACGUUGGUCAGGAGCUCAAGCUGAUAUUUUCAAAGCAAUAACUUCCAGUUGAAGAAUUUAAAUCAAAUAAACUUCAAAAACUUUAAAUCUUACCAAGUAUUUUUGCUUAGUUUUUAGUGCAAACAUGUUAGUACACUUCAAAUUAGACAAAACUAACAAAGUAACUUUCCAGCAAGAUAUAGAAGCUUAUAUAGAGUCAAUAAUUCUUCAAUAUUGAUGAAAAAAUGCUAGUUCGUCUUACAGAUUAUUUCACAGGAAAAAUGUUUUGUAAUAAUUGAAAUAAUCUGUAAGUGGAAAUAUCAUCAAAAUUAUGGAAUUACUGACUCUGAACCAGCGCCUAUAUCUUGUUGAAGUAUAAGUUAGCUUUGUCUUAUUUCAAGUAUGCUAAGAUAUUUACAUUUGAAAACAGACCAAAAAUAAUUGAGAAUAUGUUGAGUUUUUGCAGUGUAACUGCCUCUGAUUUUAUAUAAGGAAGCCCAUCAGUGCCUCUUUAAAUCAUUUAAAGGCUUUAAAUGAUUGCAGCAUUUGGCCCAGGAACCUUUCUUAUCUUAAAUUUAUCAGAAGCCUUAAAGUUGACAGAUCUGAUUAUUGAAAGCUCUGUUUGGAUGUUUAGGUUUAAAUUGUAAAACUUUUUAUCAUAUUUCCAUGCCUCUGCAGUCGACUAAGUUAAUUCAAAGUUACUUCUUGGUCAGUAGAGCUAAACUGUGGGUGUAUUACACAUGAAAAAUAUUGCCUGAGAUGAAGAAAAAAAAAGUGUGCACUAUAUUUCAUUCAUAUCUUUUUCUCUGUGGGAUUAUCCUCCUGAUAAUAAAGGCUUUUUAUUACCUU